GGACGGCAAGUCAGGCCCCGCCACUCCUUCGGCCUGAUCCAAUAUGGCUGUCGCGGCCUCUGCUUCCCUAGUGAACCAGGACCUAUCCGGAAAAUCCAAGGUGCCUCUUUGAAGUGGAGGAGAAAAGGGCACUAGGGCCUGAAGGCCGACGCUGCGGCCAUAAUAGCCGAAUACAGGCGGAAGGGGCGGUUCUAGCUGGAGCUAACCACCAGGGCGUGGUGAGUGGUAAAUGAGCCUCGCCUCGUUACGUCACAUCCGCCCACAACUAACAGCUGAUACCCUCCAAUCAGAGGCCGAGCUCGCCCUCCCUCCUUCCUCUCGUGAGAACGUGCAGGUCGUGCCUGUCGAGGGGAAGUCCCUCCUCGCGCGGUUACGUCACAGACGCCAUGUCUAGCUACCCGUACGGGCAGGGCUACCCAGGAGCUGCUGGACAGGCCCCCGGAGCCCCACCAGGCAGUUAUUACCCAGGACAUCCGCAGUAUGGAGGGGGGCUACCCCCUGGUGGGGGUUAUGGAGGCCCAGCUCCUGGAGGUCCCUACAGGCCACCAUCUGGUGGCGGGGCCUAUGGACAUCCCAGCCCUGGAGGGCACCCCUCAUCUGCUCCUGGAGGACCCUAUGGAGGCUCUGCCCCGGGAGGUCCCUAUGGCCAGCCUGCUACAAAUCCCUAUAAUACCCCUCAGCCAGGACCUUAUGGGCAAGGCCCAGCAGCAGGCACCAUUCCUCCUGGUGUAGACCCCGAAGCCUACUCCUGGUUCCAGACAGUGGAUUCAGAUCACAGUGGCUACAUCUCUGUGAAGGAGCUCAAGCAGGCUUUGGUCAACUCCAAUUGGUCUACAUUCAAUGAUGAAACCUGCCUCAUGAUGAUAAACAUGUUUGACAAGACCAAAACAGGCCGGAUCGACCUCUUUGGCUUCUCUGCCUUGUGGACCUUCAUCCAGCAGUGGAAGAACCUCUUCCAGCAAUAUGACCGGGACCACUCAGGCUCCAUCAGCUACAGUGAGCUGCAGCAAGCUCUGUCCCAGAUGGGCUACAACCUGAGCCCGCAGUUCACCCAGCUCCUGCUCUCCCGGUACUGCCCUCGUUCUGCCAACCCUGCCAUGCAGCUGGACCGCUUCAUCCAGGUGUGCACCCAGUUGCAGGUGCUGACCGAGGCCUUCCGGGAGAAGGACACAAGCAUGCAGGGCAAUGUCCGGCUCAGCUUUGAGGAGUUCCUCAUCAUGACAGCCUCCCGGAUGUUGUGACUUCAACACAAUGCACGAGUUCUCCUUAGGGGCAGAGCCAAAGGGGAUGCCUAGCCUCGGAGAUCCAGGGACCUUGAAGAACCUUCCCCUGCCUCCCUAAACUGGAAACAGUGAAGGGGUUUCUUCCCUGUCCUCUCCCUGCUCUCACCACUGCCCCCAAAAGAAAGUAGAGCUUCCCUUUCUUUGAGUGGUAACAUUCCCAGAAAGGAGUCUUAGAACCUGAUCGUGACUGCUAUGCUGUGACCAUGGGAGGAGUGACCAGCCCUGUUGGCCCUAGGACCUAGGCCCUAGAGCAAGCAGGAUGGAGACCGCACAGUUGUGGCCAUACUUACCAGUGUGCAGCCGGAAAGAGGAGGCUCAGCCCCUUUGGCUCAAGAUUCCAAGCAACUUGGUCAGCUUAGGCCUUUGUAUCCAGGCAGGUCUUGUGGCCUUUCCUGAUGGCUUACGUCAGCGCUAGCUCAUCUCUUAACCACCGUAUAUAUUCUCCUCAUUUCGUUAUGUGUCAUUUUAUAUUAGACAGACUUGAGUUUUCUGAAGAUGAAACAGAGACCAGGGUAGGGCAUUUCUCAUUGAACCCCCUGCUGCCUGGCCCCGUGCUAUGCCCAUUGCUGCUCAGGUGUUCAGGGGCAGCUGUUGCCUGCUGUUGCCAAUGCAUCUCUAUGUUGUUUUCAGUCUGUACGGGCCAAAAGUCCAGCACAUCAUGAGCUUCAAUAAAGGGGUGCUACCUCACAAGCGCA